AUGUCAAAAAAUUCUCAGACAAAUGAAUCAGAGAAUAAUGAUAAAUCUAACGGUAAACAAUCAAAAAGACAUGUGAAUUAUUUAUGUGGAUCUGAUGGAAAACUGAUUGUUACAACUGCUGCUGCACCAGAUUACGAUAGAACUAAUUAUUCAGAUUAUGGAUCUCCAAGAAGUACGGAUGCCACAUCUAAGCCUAUUGUUGUCAUAAGGGAAUUCGAACCAAAUUAUAAUCAAUCAGAAUCAAGUUCACCUAAAACAACUGCAGAAAAGUGUAUAUUCACAACGAAUGUAACACUACCAACAACCACUGUGACUAGUUUUGUGAACAGUAACUCACCUACGACUAGUUCAACUAUCCUUUCUUCUUCAACUGCAAAUACUAUCAUAACAUAUAAAAGUGAUAAACAGUGUUCUGAGAAUAGUAUUCGUUUAAUUCAACCAAAUGUAUAUCAAAGACAAUUUGAUUCAUCAGUAUCAGAAUCAUAUGAUUCUUCUUCGUGUACAUGUGAUUCAUCAUCGUAUACUAAUUCAUCAGCUACUUCAACAAUGAAUUCAUCUGCAAGUAUUUCUAGUAAAACAACGAAUUCUAGUAUUUCAGAUCCUUUGAUUAUUAUUCCAAAUUAUCCAUCAUCUUCAUUGAAUGUUGAUCAUAAAAGUAAUCAAAGUAGUACAGAUGUCUUUCUUUUAUCUCCCAGACCUUUCAUAAAAAAUAAUAAUUUCAAUCAAUAUUCAAGUAAUUAUUUUGCUCCAUCAGUAUCUACUACGACAACCACCACCACCACAACAACAACAACAACAAGUUCUACUAACACUACAACAAAAAACAAUAACAGUAAUAAUUAUGGUACUAUUAUACGCUCUGUUCUCGGUUAUAAUGGCAAUCAUAAAGUUAAUAAUAGUACUAAUGGUAAGAAUAAUCAAACAAAUCGAACAAGUGGACAUCAUAUAUCAAUUAUAACAUCAUCAAUACGAGAUGAUCAUAGUAUUUUGAAGAAAUCCAGUGAUUCAAUUAUUAUUGCUUCACCAUCUUCUCAAAGAAAUAAUAAUUUACCAAAAAUUCAGUUUACUUCUAAUUCAUAUCCACCACAUCAUGUUCAUUAUGAUAUUGAUAAUAAUAACAUUAUUAGACAAGAGGUUGAUGAAGAUGAAAUAACAAUUAAUAAUGAUAAUAUUUUGCAUGUAUACAAUAAUAAAUUAAAUAAUACUACAGUUAUUGUCACUGCUUCACCGUAUAAUAACACUAGUAAUAUAGAUAAAACGACAAAACUAUAUGACAGCAGUAUUAGUAGUAAUAAUGGUAGUAGUGCUAGCAGUUAUACUGAUAUCUUUCAUUGUGAUUUACGUGAACAAACUAACAACUACUUACAGAUCAAUAAUGAUGAUGAUUUCAGUACUAAAAUUUCUAAUAAUUUCAAAAAUAAUUUUGAAAAUAAAAUAUAUGAACAGAAGAAUACUUCUACUGAUAUUCGAGGAGAUUAUCAUCAAGACAGUGAUGUAUCGAUUAGUGAUGUCAUACCUUAUUCACCGUCAGUUAAAACACUGAAGCGUUUCAUCUUGUCAAGAAGUCCAGCAUCAAGUCCAUCGAUUACUACACCAGCUAUUACCUCACCUUUAUCUAUGAUUAAUUAUAGUAUGAAUGAAAAAAUUACCUCUCCUAAACUUAUUCAUCCAACAAAUUCAAGUUUAUCUAGAAGUCGUUUUAGUAGAAUCAGUUUAUUGACUAAUAAUCAUAAAAUAAAACAGCAAGAUCAUGAUUUUUUAACAUCAUUCUGUUUGCCAACUAUGUCACCUACGGAUGAAGUAUGUCGAUCUACGACAUCAUCUUUGCCCUAUAGUCAAUUAGCAACAAAUUUUUCUAGACAAAAUGAAACACAACAAAUACAACAGAUUACACCUUUUUCAAGUUAUCAGCAACAGCAAAGAACAACACCUAGUAGUAGUUAUUUCAUACAAGAUAAUUCAACCUCAAAAGUCAGACAGAUUUCAAUUGAUGAAGAUGAUGGAGGUACGGGUCACUGGAAUUCACUGCUUCAUAAAACUGCUCCUGCUCCUUUAAUACUUCCUAAACCUGGAUUUUGGACACCAGAUAUCAAAAGUUCCCGUAAAACUCUAAACAUGUGUGAAGAUGAUCCAAGAACUAAAGUUUGCAGAUGGUUUGAAAGAUAUGAAGCUGCACGUCUACUUGUUGACUUCGGAUUACCAAUUACUGGAUUCAGUCCGAAUUUAUCUUCAUUAGCAUUUUCACAAGUACCUGAUUGGUUUCAUGGAAUACUUUCUAGAGAACAAGCUGAACGUUUAUUAACUAGAGCAGAUAGAAAUGGUAGCUUUCUGUUACACUUGAGUGAAUCAUUUCCAGGCUAUGUGAUCAGUUUAUUUACUUCAUCGUAUUGUGAUCAUUUCUUAAUAUCCGUUAUAGCAGUUCAUCAAAUGAAUACUGAUAUACAACAAUCUAAUCGUAGUUUAACUAAAAGUACUUAUCAAUUAUUUGGAGUUGCCAAUCCAGAACAAUUUACUGAUUUAAGAGAUCUAGUGAAAUAUUAUUCUGUACAUAGUUUAAGUCAAAUGAAUAGUCAACAAUUAUUACUAUAUGCUGUUGGACAAGAGAAUCCUGCACUACCUGAUUAUCUGGAUAUAUUUUAUUCUAGGCCUGAUUCAUAUAAUUCAACUAGAUUUUAG